CCCUGCCGCGUCUGGGGCCAAGAUGGACAGUAGGUGCUAUGGCUGCGCAGCCAAGUUCACACUCUUCAAAAAGGAGUAUGGCUGUAAGAACUGUGGCCGAGCCUUCUGUUCUGGCUGUCUCAGCUUCAGUGCAGCAGUGCCCCGGGCCGGGAACACUCAGCACAAAGUCUGCAAGCAGUGCCACGAGAUCCUGACCAGAGGGUCCACUCCUGCUAACACCUCCAAGUGGUCACCACCUCAGAAUUAUAAGAAACGCAUGGCAGCUUUGGAAGCCAAGCAGAAGCCCAGCACUCCCCAGAGCCAGCGACUGACCCAACAAGACCAGGUCAUUGCUGAGCGCUUAGCACGGCUCCGCCAGGAAAACAAGCCCAAGUCCAUACCCUCGCAAGCGGAAAUAGAAGCCCGGCUGGCUGCACUGAGGGAUGAACCCCAGGGCUCCAUCCCCUCCACCCAGGAGAUGGAGGCACGGCUUGCCACUUUGCAGGGCAGGGUUCUGCCCUUUCAGACACCCCAUCCAGUACAUCAGACACCAGACACCAGGACCCAGAUCCAGCAGGCACAGGAUCUGCUGACACAGCUAACAGCUGAGGUGGCUAUUGAUGAGAGCUGGGAACAAGGCCCAGUGACUCUCCAGGACUAUCGCCUUCCGGACAGUGAUGAUGAUGAGGAUGAGGAGACAGCCAUCCAGAGAGUCCUGCAGCAGCUCACUGAAGAAGCUGCUCUGGAUGAGGCAAGUGGCUUUAACAUACCUGCAGAGCCAGCUCACCGACCCCGGGUGCAACCCCCCAGGGCAGAGCCUGAGGCCCAGGCCGGAGCCCCCAGGCCUGAGGCUGAGGCAGAGGAGCUCCCUUGGUGCUGCAUCUGUAACGAGGACGCCACCCUGCGGUGUGCUGGCUGCGACGGAGAUCUCUACUGUGCCCGCUGCUUCCGGGAGGGCCAUGAUGCCUUUGAGCUUAAAGAGCACCAGACAUCUGCCUACUGCCCACCGCAAGCAGGCCGAGAGCACUGA